AUGGAUGGUUUUGUUGAGUACGGCACCAAGGACAUUAGCGCAUCAGUAGGUGCGUUGGUCUCGGUUCUUUGGCGAAAUGGAGACGCUUUCGUGAAAAUGGCGACUGUUCCGGGGCAACUGAUAUGGGAGAUCGUGAAGAAGAACAAUUCGUUUUUGGUAAAGGAGUUUGGGAAUGGAACUGCUGGAGUUGUAUUCAGCAAGGAGCCUAACAAUCUCUACAAUCUCCACACCUACAAGCAUUCCGGAUUGGCAAACAAAAAAACAGUGACAAUUCAACCUGGCAAGGAUCAUUCAGUGCUGCUAGCAACGACAAAGACCAAGAAAUGGAACAAGCUUGCGAGUGUGCUUAACAAGUCUGUUAUGAAGAAAGAGUUUAGCCGAAUGGCAAAGGCUGUUUCAAAUCAGGUGGCAGAUAACUAUUAUAGGCCGGAUCUGAAGAAGGCAGCUCUUGCAAGAUUGAGCGUUGUGCACAGGAGCCUUAAAGUUGCCAAAUCUGGUCCGAAGAAGAAGAACAGACAGGCUUAA